UUUUAUUCAAAUUUCAAAAAAUAUUUCUCUUUCUCUCUCUAAAUUCUCUCUCUCUCUAAACUCCAUAGCUACGAACUCCACUUUCUGAGCUUCAUUCUUCUUCUUCUCCAUCAACCUACAUGCGAUUACCAUGUCUCUUCUCAGUCGAUUCUUCUACAAAAGACCUCCAGAUGGUUUACUCGAAUUCAUCCCAAGAGUUUACGUCUUCGAUUCUUGUUUCUCCACUGAAGCAUUGUCAGAUGGAAUGUACGAGCUCUACCUUCACGAAAUCGUGACUGAAUUACAUGAAGAGUUUCCAGAAUCUUCGUUUUUAGCGUUUAAUUUUCGUGAUGGUGAGAAGCGUAGCAAAUUCGCUGAGUUAAUGUGUGAAUACGAUGUUAUUGUUAUGGAUUAUCCCAAAAAUCACGAGGGUUGUCCUCUUUUGCCGCUUUCACUUGUUCAGCAUUUUCUUCGUGUUUGUGAGAGUUGGCUUUCACUUGGGAACCAUCAGAAUGUGAUUUUGUUUCAUUGUGAGAGAGGGGGUUGGCCGCUUUUGGCUUUUUUGUUGGCGAGUUUGUUGAUUUUUAGAAGGGUUCAUAGUGGUGAGAGGAAGACACUUGAAAUGGUUCAUAGAGAAGCGCCUAAGGGUUUGUUGCAGUUGUUGUCUGCUUUGAAUCCGUUGCCUUCGCAGCUUCGGUAUAUUCAAUAUGUUGCAAGGAGGAAUAUUGCGCCUGAGUGGCCUCCGCCGGAGAGGGCUUUGUCUUUGGAUUGUGUUAUUCUUAGGGGGAUUCCUAGUUUUGAUUCGUCGAAUGGAUGUAGGCCGAUGUUUAGGAUUUUUGGGAGGAAUUUGUAUAGUAAAGGUGGACCUUCUACUCAGAUGAUUUAUAACAUGCAUAAAAAGAAGCACUUGAGGCAUUAUCGUCAGGUAGACUGUGAUGUGAUUAAGAUUGAUAUUCAAUGUUUAGUGCAAGGAGAUGUGGUUUUGGAGUGUGUCCAUUUGGAUUUGGAUCCGGAAAGGGAAGUGAUGAUGUUCCGUGUGAUGUUUAGUACAGCGUUUAUUCGAUCCAAUAUAUUGAUGCUGACCGCUGAAAAUUUGGACAUUCUUUGGGAUGCUAAGGAGCGGUAUCCGAAAGGCUUCCGGGCUGAGGUUUUAUUUGGGGAGGUUGAAAACUCAAGUUGUCAGAGAGCUUCGAUGGAAACAACCAUUUUGAAUGGUGAGGAGAGAGGUGGAUUACCCAUUGAAGCAUUUUCAAGAGUUCAAGAACUUUUUAGUGGAGUGGAUUGGGGUGACAAUGGUGAUGCUGCAGCAGUGUGGCUGCUUAGACAGCUUAAUGUCUUAAAUGAUGCCAAAGAGUUUUCGAGGUUGCAAGGUAAAGGAAGUUGGUUUUCAUCGCCAGCUGACUCUGAAGAAGAAUUUAAUGAAUCAAGUGUUGCUGAUAGUUCAGAUGAGGCAUUUGAUGUUACUCCCAAGUCUUCCGCCGAUUCUUCAAAAUUAUGGACAUCUGACAUCCCUGAUUUCGAUCAUUUAGCCUUAGAAAAUAAUGGUGGAAAUUUUGUAAAUCCCCCUUCAAGAAUGUCUGAUCAUUUAUUGACUAAUAAUGGUUCAUCACCUCGUCACAUUUCUGGUCCUCCUCUUAGUUGGAACACUGAUAAUGCUGCUGGUCCGCCUCCACCCCUUCCCCCUUCCAUGGCCAGCAAUGCUAGCUGUGCGUCCACAUUGUCUUCACUUCCUCCUCCAGGACCAGAACAUACAAGUUCAGUCCCACUACCUCCACCCCCACCACCACCUCCUCUAGGAUUUGCUCAAACAGGUUCAUCCCCCACCCCUCCACCUCUAGGUCUCGUACGGACAGGUUCAUCUCCCCCACCCCCACCCCCGCCUCCUCCAGGUCCUGUACAAACAAGUUCAAUCCCACCACCCCCGCCCCCUCCAGGUUCUGUACAAACACAUUCAAUCCCACCACCCCCGCCCCCUCCAGGUCAUGUGCAAACUGGUUCAUCCUUACCCCCUCCACCACCACCUCUUCCAAGUUCUGCACGAUCAGUCCCGCCACCCCCCUCCUCCUCCUCCUCCUCCUGCCCCAGGUCUUACACACAUAGGUUUAACCCCUCCGCCACCACCACCUCCUCCUCCAAUUCCAGGACGAACAAGUUCGGCCCUGCCACCUCCUCCUCCCCCUCCUCCUCCAGUUCCGGUACGAACAGGUGCAGUCCCACCACCUCCACCACCGCCUCCAAGCUCUACACGAACAGUAUCAUCCCCACCACCUCCACCACCACCUCCCCCAGGUCCUCCACGAGCAGGUUCAGCCCCACCGCCUCCCCCACCACCUCCCCCAGGUCCUCCACGAGCAGGUUCAGCCCCACCGCCUCCACCACCUCCUCCUCCAGGUCCUCCACGAGCAGGUUCAGCCCCACCGCCUCCACCACCUCCUCCAGGUCCUGCACGAACAGGAUCAGCCCCACCGCCUCCACCACCUCCUCCACGAACAGGUUCAGCCCCACCGCCUCCACCACCUCCUCCAGGUCCUCCACGAACAGGUUCAGCACCACCGCCUCCACCACCUCCUCCAGGUCCUGCACGAACAGGUUCAGCACCACCGCCUCCACCACCUCCUCCAGGUCCUGCACGAACAGGUUCAGCCCCACCACCUCCACCACCUCCUCCAGGUCCUGCACGAACAGGUUCAGCCCCACCACCUCCACCACCUCCUCCAGGUCCUGCACGAACAGGUUCAGCCCCACCACCUCCACCACCACCUGGUCCUGCUAGAACAGGUUCAGCCCCACCACCUCCACCUCCACCUGGUCCUGCUAGAACAGGUUCAGGUCCGCCAGCACCAACGCCUCCCAAUGCUCCUCCCCCACCGCCACCUGGUCGUGGUUCGUUGCUGGCACCUCCUGUUACUGCAGGC